AUGGCGAAGCCUGGCCCCAGCCCUGCCCCAGCCAGCCCCAGCCCCAGCCUGGGCCCCAGCCCAGCCUGCCCAGCCCCCAGCCCUGCCCCAGCCCCGCCCCAGCCCGCCCCAGCCCUGGCUCCAGCCUCAGCCCCAGCCUGCCUCAGCCAGCCCCAGCCCGCCAGCCCUGGCCCCAGCCCCACCAGCCCGCCCAGCCCCAGCCCCUGCCCCAGCCUGGCCCAGCCUGCCCAGCCUGCCUCAGCCUGCCCAGCCCGGCCCCAGCCUGGCCCCAGCUCAGCCUGCCCAGCCCGCCCCAGCCCCGCCUGCCUGGCCCAGCCUCCGGCUCAGCCCAGCCUGCCCGGCUCAGCCCAGCCCAGCCCCCAGCCUGGCCUGGCUCAGCCCCAGCCCCAGCCUCACCAGUGCCUGCCUCCGCUCAGCCCGCUCCCAGCCUGCCCCAGCCUGCCUCAGCCUGCCAGCCUGGCUCAGCCUGGCCUGCCUGCGCCCCCAGCCACCAGCCUGCCCGCCCAGCCCCAGGCCCCAGCCUGCCCCAGCCAGCCCCUGCUCAGCCCCAGCCUGGGCCCCAGCCCGGCCCCAGCCCGCCCCCAGCCCCAGCCCCAGUGCCCCAGCCUGCCUGCCUCCGCCCAGCCCCGGCCCCAGCCCGCCUGGCCCAGCCCGCCCCAGCCCUGCCUGCCCAGCCUGGGCCCCAGCCCGCUCAGCCCUGGCCCAGCCCAGCCCCGCCCAGCCUGUCAGCCCGCCCCCAGCCUGCCUGGCCCAGCCCGCCUGCCCGCCCAGCCCGCCCAGCCUGGCCCCAGCCUGGCCCCUGCUCCAGCCUGCCUCAGCUCCGCCCCAGCCCCAGCCCGCUCAGCCUGCCUCAGCCUGGGCUCAGCCUGCCUCAGCCUGGGCUCCAGCCUGCCCUGGCUCAGCCUGGCCCGCCUGCCUGCUCAGCCUGUCAGCCUGCCCAGCCUGCCUGCCUGGCUCAGCCUGCCCAGCCUGCCCCGCCCAGCCAGCCUGGGCCCCAGCCUGCCCACCCCAGCCCCAGCCAGCCCGGCCCAGCCCCAGCCUGGCCCCAGCCCCGGGCCCCAGCCUGGGCUCAGCCCCAGCCCCAGCCCCAGCCUGUGCCUGGCCCUGCCCCAGCCCCGCCCCAGCGCCCGCCAGCCUGGCUCCCAGCCCUGGCCCCAGCCCCACCAGCCCCCCUGCCCCCGCCCAGCCUGCCUCAGCCCCAGCCCGCCUGCCCCUCAGCUCAGCCCAGCCUGCCCAGCCCUGGGCUCCCAGCCUGGCUCAGCCCCGCCCCAGCCCGGCCUCAGCCUGCCUGUGCCCUGGGCCCCAGCCCGGCUCAGCCUGCCUGCAGCCCGCCCAGCCUGCCUGCCUCAGCCUGGGCUCAGCCCGCCCGCCUGCCCAGCCUGCCUCAGCCAGCUCAGCCUGGGCUCAGCCCGCUCAGCCCGCCUGCCUGCCUGGCUCAGCCUGCUCAGCCUGGCUCAGCCUGCUCAGCCUGCCUGCCUGCCUGCCUGCAAGCUAAAGCUGCCUGCUAAAGCCUGGCUCAGCCUGCCUCAGUUGCCUGUCAAAGCUCAGCUGCUGCCUGCCUGCCCAGUUGUUAAAGCUGCCUGCUCAGCCUGUUGCUAA